CUCAGAAAUAAACAAGUGGGCAACCACAGACAAAAUUUAACAAUUUUUUUAAGUUAAAUAUGUUAAACGGUAAUAGCCCUGGCAUGGAAGUGUUAAAUGUAUCACAUUCUAAUGUAGUAGGUGAAAUUGUCUUAAAUGAUCUAAAGUUGUUGGAAAUAAUACAACAUUAUCCAUUUAUUUUUAACCCGAACGUGCAGGGUUAUGAGGAUCCUGAUUAUAUGGAAUGGGCCUGGCAGUGUAUUACAAUUAAAUUUAAUAACACCUACAAGCAUAUCGAGAAGCCUUGUCCUAUACAUUUUAGUGCUGAUGAGUUAAGAAAUCGUUGGCAAGUACUUAAAAAUAUUUGUAAAGCAUUAAGUAAGUCAUAUGACUUGACUGCCCUUCCCACACCUCUUCGGGAGCUCAUAGCAUAUAUAUGUGACAAAUUAGAUUCUAAUGUGAUAACACCAAAGAAAACACUCACGGAAGUCCAAAAAUGCAUAUUGCAAAAUACCGAAUUAUUGGAGAGUUUACCUAAGCCAGUGCAAAAAGCAGUGGAAGCUGAACUUCUUGAAAUUAUAUUAACAGCUGAGCUAAACGCAAAAGGAACUGUUGCUCUUACACCAAAUAAACUGGAAAACAUCGAUAAAGAAUGUGAUGAAUUUAUGAGAGGAAUACAAUUUCAUCAGUUGUAUUGUAUGGCAAAAAAUGAAGAAGCUGGUAUUGUCGAAGACACUCAACCAAAUAGUGACCGAUUCAUACCAAUCUCUGAAGCUAGCAAAUAUGUACGAAAUUUUGAAAUCCGUAUGAAAAAAUCUAAUUUAGAGGAUUACCUUCCAUUAUCAGCAAUUAAAAGAGAAUGUAACAAGUAAUUAGUGUAGGUUUAUUUUAACCACUGAUUAAUUAUUUUAAAAUUUAUUAAUAAUUUUUGUGAAUUGUUGAAAUAGAAAAAUCAACAAACCAUACGUUAAGCUAUAUUAUUUCCAUUUAAUGUAAGAUUGUAAAUAUAAGAUAAA